AUGCCGGCUUUCUCCGGUACGGUGACUAAGGCUGUUACAUUACAUUAUUGGAACUCGUCGACCAGCAACUCCGAGGACGUGGAUUGGACGGUAGCUUUAUACUUGAAAGGAGCAGACAACGCCUUCGCUGCGUACGCCAAUACCAGCAACGCUGUUCUUACUGGCCGGAGUAGCGGCAUCCUCACCAUCUUUCGCUGCUCCUCGCAAGUGCACGCGAUCAACUACUCCUACGUCGGCGGUCAAGCGAUGCUUCAGGAUUCGAGGCUUACCAACAGCACAGUCACGAACUUGAUCCUCUCCGCCAUGUUUCCGGAGAUGAUUGAGGGACAUGCAGGCUUCGGGAAUGACCUCCUUGAAGAGGGAAUUUCCGCCAUUGCCGCGUCAACCAAGUCUGUUGACCACCUCGGAAACGCCUCUGCUCUCAUCUUCAGUCAGACAGCCAUGGCCUCAACGGCCGGCAUCAUGGCCCCUGUCGCGAUAGAAGGCAACCUCGUCAGCAAGCUCGUUACUAUCAUGCCCAAGGCAGCAUUCUGCCAUCUAUGCUUCGCAAACAUCGCUCUCGCUGUGUUGGCCUUGGUGCUGGGCAUCGUUGCAAUCAUCCUCUCCUGUACCAGGGCGGGUGUCGCGGACGUUCAGGCGCGCCUUAGUAUACUGGCCCUCACAGCUCGAGCAUUCGGAGCACCCCACCAAAAUCACCCAGUCACGAAUGUCAAGCAACUCUUCCAUGAAGAUGCGCCCACCACGGCAAAGAAGAUUCGCAUCGUGAGGACCAAUGAAGGCGGUUGGUCCUGGAUCGCAGCUUGA